GCCUCCGCUCCGCUGCUCAUUCACUGCCUAACCAGUCAGGUUCUCUACUAGACACGGUCACCUCUCCUUGGUGCAGGAAGAUCAAUGCUUAAAUCAAUAAUAUGGUGGAAAAAUAAGACAAUCUGCUCAGAUGGGAGUAGAGGGAGAUCACUGUUCAGCUUCUGCAUCAGCCUCACCUGCGUAAAGGAUCAUGAAUUUCUGCAAAAACAUUSAGUGAUASAUGAGUUAUGAAAGAUUACACAAUAYAGAAAGAUGGAUUGCAUUUGUUUCAGUUUGAGGUUGUUUCAUCAUAUGAUUAAUAUAUCACCUCAUUACAUUUUUAUUACAGAAAGCCUUUUUUUUAAACCAGGCUUUUAAAUUCAACGAGUCCUGAUGAAUUGUUGAAUUAAUGUUUUGAUCCAUGUGGAAAACAUUGGUUUUAAAUUAAGAUGCUGCUGUUGUUUGCUAUUUUUAACUCCAAAUAUAAAAUGAAAUGAACAUCUGAUUGUUGCUUUAUUGACAUUUCAGAUUGUCAUUGUUAGAUGAGAUACUACAUAUCAUUAAGAAUAUCAUUAUUCUUUAUCUUGCAGUUUCAGACAUCAGCUUCAGUUUAGUAGAUCCAAUUARUGUCUACCUUUAACAGAAUUUAAAAGUCAAUUUCUCUCUGUGUGUGUGCGUGUGUGUGCAAUAAAGUUAUUAAAAAUCUUAAGAUGCCAUUUAUCUUCUGUGUGUGAUUUUGAUUAGACAAACUGAAUAAAAAUGUGCUUUAUUGUUCUUUCAGUAUAAUCAAAGCAGAAAAGGCUUUAUUAUAAACAUUGUCAUUGUUAAAGUGAUUCUUUAAUUUUUUUUUUUUAGUAAUGUGAUUUUGGGUUCCAGACCUAGAACCACCCAGGAUGAAGCUGCUGAUCAGACCUGAGUGAUCAUGAGCUUCAGCUCAUAUGGGUUAGCCUUGUUCUAUGGUUURCAGAGCCAGUCCACCUUCCUCUUACAGGUCAGGGGUCCACACACACAGGAGAUAAUGAUUUUAUUAUGUGGCAUCAUAAGGCCAACAUGUAGUAAUAAUAAUAGCAAUAACAACGAUAAUAUAAUGGAAUAGAAAUKUCCUUAUUUUUCAUCUACAGAGUGGAAAUUCUGAUGCCACAGCAGCAAAGUGACAGGCGAUCUAAGAACGUAGACUCACACAAACAUAAAMUAUAUAUUAAAAAAGAAUWAAAAAUGAGUAGACAGUACAGGAACGGGAAAAUUUCCACAUAAAUUCUCUGCACUUAUUAAAAAUAGUGUACUUAAGUCCAAAGGAAUAUGCAUGGGCAGGUUAAUAAAAAAAAAGUGUUUGAGUAUUAAAAACUAACAACUAUUUGCAAAAAGGGACAGUGAAAGCAGAAAUCUUAUGUGAAAUGAGUAAAGCUGUACAGAUACCAGCAUGGAUGUGAAUCCCUACUGGGAGCAGUAGGUCUGUGAUCUGCUGUGACGCUCCGGAGCACGUUUAGAAAGCAGCAGUGUGUCACAGAAGGAGCUCUGCAGUCCAGCAGCAGCUUCACGCCUGGGGCUUUAUGUUCUGCUAUCASAGUGUCRGAGCGCUGACCUUAAAGGUUCCCCUGUGCUUCCAGGUGUUGUGUGUUCGGAUCUGGGUGUUCUACUGCAGCAUGUGUCUGGCGGGUUGGCCCCUGUUCUCGGAGGGGGCCCGGCUGCGCUGCGGCUCCGAGCUCCUCAGUGACCUCCUGUUCGUCUGUGGGGAUCGGGGAAUCUACUUAGGUAAAGGCUCCUGGUCMGGCUACGGCCCUCGGCCCAGGGGGAAGGGAAUAGUGGACCAGUGCUGUAAAUCCUCCGGCUGUGAACUAUCCCACCUGGAGAUGUAUUGUGCCAAGCCAAAAGCCAAGCAGCUAACCACAAGAUCCCCAACCACAAGAUCCCCAACCACGACUUCAACCACAGCAACACACACAACCACUGCAGUGCUAGACAUGUUUGAAGAUGUGUUUCGGAAGAGGCUUUUGGAGAACCUGGGAGCUCCCGACAGCCCACAGAGAGAGGCCUACAGAAAGAAAACUCCUUCGUCGCUUCCGUGGAAAAGCAAAAUGUCGUCGUCACGCGUGAGGGUGAACACGCAGAACUCGACCAGCUGGCCUCCCUCGGCCUCGGGACGUUCCGGCUGAAGAUGUUUAGCAUACUCCAAAUCUGCAGGACAGUUUCAAUAUCAAAGAUUAGACGACAGCUCRAAGAAACUCUCGCACGAAGUUGGCGAGUCAGACAAGAACCCAGACGGAGAGGGCUGUGAAGAUCUUUGUAAGAUCUGGAACAAGCAGACUGCUGAGCUGCUUCCAGACCAGCUGUCACUUCCYCCUUGACUCCCCCCCCCCCCUAUUCAGUAUCACCGCGACGAGCCUCUGCUACCGUCUGUUCUGGUUUCCUCCUCACUUUCCCACACAGGAUGUCCAGGUCCGUGCACUGGUGUGACUGGGAGCUUAGUGUGUGUGAUGCCUGAAGCUGCUCCUGCCAGCCUUGCUUUGGUUUCGACAUCCUCAUGUCUAACCUGCUGUUUGCUCUGUGAGUUUGCACAUGUUGAGUUACAGGCCAAGACCUGUCUUAGCCACUUUAGUUCACAUUUUUUUGGUCAGCUCCGUUAGGCUUAUAGCUUUUGUUUUGCGUUAAACCGUAGAUGUUUAGUGGGCUACACAACGCUGUAGGCCUUUAUGUGUGUUUUAGCACUUUUUACUCCUAUGCAAAGAGACGUUUUCAUACUGACUUGUUUUCGUUCAGCUUUAUUUCAUUUGAAGUGUAAACCUUUUUAUUUUGUAAUAAUUUGUUGCACUCACUUAUUUAUUUCACCACGACU